CCAGCUGAGGCAUGUCAGCUUUAGGCUGCAGCCAAUCACAAGUCACCUUUAGGACAAAAAAAAAAAGCAUAACUGAGGGACUUGUUCUUUAGCGUAGUGGGAGGCAGAGAGAGAGAGAGCGCGAAGCUUAGCGUCACAUGAUGGCAGUCACUAUUUUAUCCAUCUUGAUUGCUGCCAUCCCCGUGGCCUACUGCUAUCCAACUGCCUUCCAAAACCUGGAGGAAAGUCGCAGCAACAGAACCUCCAUUAAGUUUCUGGCAGUGGGCGACUGGGGUGGUGUGCCUUAUCCCCCCUACAUCACUGCUGUGCAGAAGGCCACAGCUCAAGAAAUGAGCAAAAUAGCAGACCAGAUGGGAGCUGAUUUUGUUCUUGCUCUGGGCGAUAACUUCUACUACAAAGGUGUGAACACUGUGGAUUCUCCUCGGUUUAAGGAAACUUUUGAAUCUGUGUACACUGCAAAGUCCCUCCAAGUCCCUUGGUAUGUGAUCGCUGGCAAUCACGACCACGCAGGGAAUGUCAAAGCCCAGAUCGACUACAGCAGCAGAUCUAACAGAUGGAAAUUCCCCUCGUACUACUAUGAGCUGAACUUCCGCAUUCCCAACACGGGGAAGACUCUGACCAUCAUCAUGCUUGACACUGUGAUGCUUUGCGGUAACUCUGACGACAAUUCGGACAAGAAGCCAAGUGGACCCCUGAAUGAAUUGGAUGCCAAUCGCCAGCUGGCUUGGCUGCAAGAGAGACUGGCUCUGUCCAAGGCAGACUUCCUGUUGGUGGCAGGCCACUACCCUGUUUGGUCUGUGUCCGAGCACGGCCCCACAAAGUGUCUGGUGCAAAGCCUCCGUCCACUGCUCAUCAAAUACAAGGCCACUGCUUACCUCUGCGGCCAUGACCACAACCUGCAGUACCUCGAAGAGUCUAACAUAGGCUAUGUGGUGAGCGGUGCUGGAAACUUCCUGGAUCCUGAUACCCGUCACUGGCGCCAUGUUCCCAAAGAUUCUCUUAAGUUUUUCACCGGCAAGGCUUCAACACUGGGAGGAUUCAUCCAUGCAGAAGUGACAAAGAACAAGAUGACCGUGACUUUCUACCAGGCGAAAGGCACUUCUCUCUAUCGCACAGUUCUCUCGCAAAGAGAUCUUGAAUAGACUGAUGAGCAGGAACAGUUAUAUAUGGUGUAAUCUGCAGCGUAAGUGUGAAAUCAAGUAAUGAGUCUUGAUCUCUUAUUUUUUUUUUUAAAUCUUUGGCAUUAAUUUCAAAGCAUUUUUAAAAGAAUCAUCUGGUUUUAAAUGUGACUUUAUGCUACUGUAAAAUAAAUAGUGCCUUUGUCAUCUGUCCUGAACUUUUGAAAAUGUGGCUGUGGUGCUUGAAUUUCUUACUCUGCAAGUGCAUCUGAAUUUAUGUCUUUCAAAACAAAUGAGAAAUUAGAGAAAGCAUUGAAUGAUUUGGGGGCUUACACUGAUUUCUGAAACCUGUCAAGUCUUAUUCAAUCCAAAGACUUAAGAAAUGUACACGUUUUAUUACCAGUUCUGAUAUAACUGACUGUUAAUAUCAAUGCAUUGGUGAGGUAUGCAUCAAAAGAAAGGCACUUUUUUUUUGCAAAUAAAAGACAUAUUGUGAC